UAGGGCGCAACAUUAACCUAUUCUUAAUUCCAUCCUUGUAUAUACUAUAUGUUCAUUUGAACCAAAAUAAAAAUUGCACUUGAUUCAUGUACCAUAUUUACUAAAUGUACCCUAUUCAACAAGAUUGCAAGAUGAUCCUAUGACAUUAUUUUCAGCAUUAAAGUAGUGUGAAUUAGUUCUGAUCUAAUCGAAUCUUGUAGGCUCUUUUUUUUUUUUGGGGAUCUAUGAGCUUUUUUCCUCAGCUAAUCUGUUCGACACUAAUCUUGAUUGGUUUUGGGUGUGACAAAGGCUUGAUGGAAUUGGAUGCAUGCAUCUCUUCUUCUAAAAACAAAAAUUCAUAUAUAACCAAUUAGAAUAAUGGCCUCUAGUGCAUGAACCACUAAAACUUAAAAGCAUAAAUAGGAGCGAUAAUAUACAUUUGCAUCCAAAGAAGGAAAGAACGGAAGAUGGGGAGCUGGAAACGAACUUGUUGGUAUGGAGAGGUUUUUCCUUUCACAGCCAUGGUUACAAUGGAGUGCAUCAAUGUUGGUAUGAACACCAUCUUCAAAGCGGCCACAGUGAAGGGUCUGAACUAUCACGUUUUCAUGCUUUAUUCCUAUGGGAUAGCAGCUCUUCUUCUCCUCCCUCUUUGCUACUUCUUCCACAGGAAUUCUCGGCUUCCUCCAUUUACCUUUGGCCUCCUUGCUAGAUUUUUCUCCCUCGGGCUUCUUGGCUUUGUAGCUCAAUAUCUUGGAAAUACAGGAAUCGAGUAUAGUACACCAACAUUGGCUUCCGCCAUGAGCAAUAUUGCACCGGCUUCCACAUUUGUCCUGGCCGUCCUCUUCAGGAUGGAAAAGCUAGAAAUGAAGAGCCUGAGUAGCCAAGUUAAGAUAAUAGGGUGUGCAAUAACGAUUGCAGGAGCCCUUGUGGUGGUUCUGUACAAAGGCCCAGUGCUACUAAGGAGCCCUGCAUCUUCAGCUUCUGUUUUUGCACAGGCAGCACUAGUUACACUCACCACUGGCACCAAACAGUCAAAUUGGGUCAAAGGGGGUGCCAUCCUCGCUGCUGAAUAUGUAGUAGCCUCCCUUUGGUAUAUUUAUCAGGCCAAGGCUAUUGGGGAGUACCCAGCAGAACUGGUUGUGGUCUUCUUCUACAACUUAUCAUGUAUGAUCAUAGCAGCACCCAUUUGUUUAAUCGAGGUACCAAUUUCAAGUGCUUGGAAUAUAUUCAAACUGGAUGUGCAGUUGUACGCGGUUUUGUAUGCGGGAGUAUUGGGGACAGGCUUCGUUAUUCUUGUUCAUACUUGGUGCUUACAUGUAAAAGGACCUGUAUAUGUAGCUUCAUUUAGGCCAUUAUCAAUUGCCAUUGCUGCAAUUCUGGGCUUCAUUUUUCUUGGCGAUAAUCUCUACCUCGGAAGCGUGAUCGGAUCAUUGAUCAUAUCGAUUGGGUUUUAUGUUCUAAUAUGGGCAAAAGCACAAGAAGCAAGUGGAGACAAAUCACAAAGUGGUACUAUUUUUAGGGAAUCUGCCAGCAGAAAUGCUCCAUUGCUAGACGAAUAUGAUGAUUCAACAGAUGAAGGACAUGCGACUACCACUGCUUGAAUAAUCAAACACAUUUAUUUUUUGAACUAGUGAUAUACUCCCACCUUUUACCUUGUUCAGCGAUUUCUUGGGAUAAAUUUUUUUUUUUUUUCUUGAGAUGUUGGACACUUGUUUAGAUAGCAUUUGUGCAUCUUCCACGACAUAUUGAAGCUGUUCUAUGGAUACAAGUUGUAUGUUCUCCACAAAAGUAUUCCAUGGCAAAAUAAUCUUUUGGCUUUGUAUGGUCUCA